AUGUACUUCCUCCUCUCAUACCUGGCCAUCACUGACUUGUUGUUUGCCGUGAGCAUUGUUCCUACGAUGCUGAUAAAUCUCAUGAUGCAGAAGAAAACCGUCACCUUUGGUCCAUGCAUCCUUCAGACUUUCGUGUAUUUCGCAUUUGCUGUCACAGAGUGCACAUGUUUGGUGGUGAUGUCCUAUGAUCGGUACGUGGCCGUCUGCCACCCCCUCCAGUACACUGUCAUCAUGAGCUGGAGAGUGUGCAAGAUCCUGGCCUCCACAUCCUGGGUCUUUAGCUACCUCCUGGCUCUGGUCCACAUUACUCUCCUCCUGAGGCUGCCCUUUUGCGGGCCUCAGAAAAUCAACCACUUCUUCUGUCAAAUCCUGUCAGUGUUCAGAUUGGCCUGUGCCGACACUAGGCUCAGUGAACUUGUCCUCUUUGUGGGCUCCAUGUUUGUUCUAGUGGGGCCCCUGUGCUUGGUGCUGGUCUCCUACACAUGCAUCCUCUUUGCUGUGCUGAGGAUCCAGUCUGGGGAGGGCCGCAGGAAGGCCUUCUCCACCUGCUCCUCCCACCUCUGUGUGGUCGGGAUUUUCUUUGGCUGUGCCAUCGUCAUGUACUUGGCCCCCAAAUCCCACCACUUUCGAGAAUAA